UGCACCAGAGCGUGACCUCAACGCGGUGCGUCCUGUAAGAUGUUCCGUUUGCUUCCCUGAGCGUCCCAAGAUGACCACGAGUCCACAUGUCUCCCGCUGCACGACGACUUCUCUCCGCGGGGAUGCUGGCGUCGCUCCGUCGACGGAUGUUUGUCCCUCCGGCCGCGCGGCCCGUCGGCAGAGUGAACAGUGGGCGGUCUCUGGCUCUGAGCGCACAGGACAAGGCCAAAGACAAAGUGAGCGACGAGCCCAUCAAGUUCUCCACCAGUAAAGCCAGCCACCGGACCUGGAGAGUGGAACGCUCCUUGGGAAGCCAGUUUCAGCGGCCCUGGUGGAAAGUCCUCCCGGUCAGCCUGUUUUUCAUAGGAGUCAUGCUGUGGUGUGCCCUGAGGGAAGAGACGGACAUCGAUGUGCUGCUGGGGAAGCAGCUGCAUGAGCAUCUACCCGGCCUGCUUCCAGAGACGGAAGAUCAACCCGACUCGCUUCCAGAGGAUGAAGCCCAAACUAAAUAAAGUUCAAAUGUGGGGCCUGUACAUAUCAGCUAUUUAAUGUUGUCUGUAACAUGUCAUUGCUCUAACGCUGCCCAGUGCUAGGAGCAUUUGUUAAUGCUUCAAUUUUGAUGGAACAUGGAUUAAAUGUCAUUUAAUGAAA